UUGACUACUAGUACUACUUCACUGUCUCUGCUGUUCUUCAUCUCUUUCUCUAAGCUAAUUUCACUUUAUUACCUUCAGAAAAACCCUUUGAAAGAAUCAUUCAUGGAAAAAGAAGAUCGAUCUAGUAGUGGUUGUGAAAGUAUAAACAGUUCUUCACAAAGUAGGAAGAGAAGAGCUGAAUCUGAAAUCAAAUGCAGUGAGUGUAACACUGUAGUAACUCACGUAUGUGGAAGAACCCAAUCUAAGUGUAUUGCUUGCUAUUUUAGAGACAGAAGUACUGCUAAGACCACAACAACCUCUACACCACCAGUACACAGAAGGAAGACCUCUACACCAGUAAGCAAAUGGAAGAGGAUACUUUGUGCUUCAAAUCAUUCUUCAUCAUCCUCUGUUCAUCACCAUCAACAAACACCUCCUCCUCCUCUUUCUUCACCUUCCAUGGCAUCAGUUAGAUUGUCACCAGGGGAUAUCCACUGUCUUCAGGUUCCAAAUGAUUUCAUUACUUCUCAGGAGAAGCUAUUUCAAAUAAUGCCUCAAAACCCUCAUCUGAAACCCUUAGAGAAAUACCCACCUGGUGCUAGAAAGGGUAUGAAGUUGAUGUUUGAUUUAGAAUUCACAAAUCUUGCUGAGAAGUUGCAGGAAUCUGUUGACCCUCUUGAGUUUUAUGCUAAAGCAGGGGAAUAUACUUGGCAGAUGACAACUUUGGAAGAAAUGGGGUAUAAUGUUGUCAAACUGAAACAGAAGUUUGAUAAUCUUAGUAAGAUUUCAGUGAUUGGGAAAGCAAAUAGAGAUGAAAUUGAGGUAAUUAAAGAGAAGAUUAGAGUCAUGGAAGCUGAAGCAAGUGCUCGUCAGAAAAAGAUUCAGGAUUUGGAAACGGAAGUGCAACAAUUGAAGAAUGAAUUGAGAAGUGAGGAUGAGGAAAUUGAAGCUUUGAAGUUGCUGGAGAGGGAAUUCGAUGAAGAAAAAGCUAAAAAGUGUAGUGCUUUCAUGUCAGUUGCAGCAGCACCUUGGAUUUGAGUAGCAGCAUACAACACAAAUAGGAGGAAGAAAGACAAGUAUAGAUGAAAGGAAGAAUUUGUCUAGUAGAAAUCUUAAAAUGGUGUUUAUGAUUUACUAUUGAGAUUGUAGUGAAGCAAAGUUAAUUGUGACAAUCCAUGUUAUUGUUUCUUUUA